CGCGGCGCCGCGCCUCGCCGGCUCCUCAGCUUCCAGCCAAGAUGGCGGAGAGCGGCGAGGCCCUGGGCACCGUUCCGGAGCACGAGCGGAUCUUGCAGGAGAUCGAGAGCACUGACACCGCCUGCGUGGGGCCCACUCUCCGGUCAGUGUAUGAUGAUCAACCAAAUUCACACAAGAAGUUUAUGGAAAAGUUAGAUGCUUGUAUCCGAAAUCAUGACAAGGAAAUUGAAAAAAUGUGUAAUUUUCAUCAUCAGGGUUUUGUAGAUGCUAUUACAGAACUCCUUAAAGUAAGGACUGAUGCAGAAAAACUGAAGGUACAAGUUACUGAUACCAACCGAAGAUUUCAAGAUGCUGGAAAAGAGGUGAUAGUCCAAACAGAAGAUAUUAUUCGAUGUAGAAUUCAGCAGAGGAAUAUUACAACUGUAGUAGAAAAAUUGCAGUUAUGCCUUCCAGUGCUGGAAAUGUAUAGUAAACUAAAAGAACAGAUGAGUGCAAAAAGGUAUUACUCUGCCCUAAAAACUAUGGAACAAUUAGAGAACGUGUACUUUCCCCGGGUUAGUCAAUACCGGUUUUGUCAGCUAAUGAUAGAAAAUCUUCCUAAACUCCGUGAGGAUAUUAAAGAAAUUUCCAUGUCUGAUCUCAAAGAUUUUUUGGAAAGCAUUCGAAAACAUUCUGACAAAAUAGGUGAAACAGCAAUGAAACAGGCACAACAGCAAAAAGCCUUCAGUAUUGCUCUGCAGAAGCAAAAUAAUGUGAAAUUUGGGAAGAAUAUGUAUAUAAAUCAUGAUAGAAUUAUAGAAGAAAAGCGUGAAAUUGUAUUGAGACAUAUACUUGAGGAAGAGGAUGAGAAUGAAGAGGAGGUCUUAACUGUUCAGGACCUUGUUGAUUUUUCCCCUGUUUACCGAUGUUUACACAUUUAUUCUGUUUUGGGUGAUGAAGAAACAUUUGAAAAUUACUACCGAAAACAAAGAAAGAAACAAGCAAGACUGGUAUUACAACCCCAAUCAAGUAUGCAUGAAACAGUUGAUGGCUAUAGAAGAUAUUUCACUCAAAUUGUAGGGUUCUUUGUUGUGGAAGAUCAUAUUUUACAUGUAACUCAAGGAUUAGUAACCAGGGCAUACACUGAUGAACUUUGGAACAUGGCCCUCUCAAAGAUAAUUGCUGUCCUUAGAGCUCAUUCAUCUUAUUGCACUGAUCCUGAUCUUGUUCUGGAGCUGAAGAAUCUCAUUGUAAUUUUUGCAGAUACUUUGCAGGGUUAUGGUUUUCCAGUGAACCGACUUUUUGACCUUUUAUUUGAAAUAAGAGAUCAAUAUAAUGAAACACUGCUUAAGAAAUGGGCUGGAGUUUUCAGGGAUAUUUUUGAAGAAGAUAAUUAUAGCCCCAUCCCUAUUGUCAGUGAAGAAGAAUAUAAAAUAGUCACCAGCAAGUUUCCCUUUCAAGAUCCAGACCUUGAGAAGCAAUCUUUCCCCAAAAAAUUCCCCAUGUCUCAGUCAGUGCCUCAUAUAUACAUUCAAGUUAAAGAAUUUAUUUAUGCCAGCCUUAAAUUUUCAGAAUCGCUGCACCGGAGUUCAACAGAAAUAGAUGAUAUGCUUAGAAAAUCAACAAAUCUGCUGCUGACCAGAACUUUGAGUAGCUGUUUACUGAACCUUAUUAGAAAGCCUCAUAUAGGUUUGACAGAGCUAGUGCAAAUCAUCAUAAACACAACACACCUGGAACAAGCUUGUAAAUACCUUGAGGACUUUAUAACUAACAUUACAAAUAUUUCUCAAGAAACUGUUCAUACCACAAGACUUUAUGGACUUUCUACUUUUAAGGAUGCUCGACAUGCUGCAGAAGGAGAAAUAUAUACCAAACUCAAUCAAAAAAUUGAUGAAUUUGUUCAGCUUGCUGAUUAUGACUGGACAAUGUCUGAACCAGAUGGAAGAGCUAGUGGUUAUUUAAUGGAUCUUAUUAAUUUUUUGAGAAGUAUCUUUCAAGUGUUUACUCAUCUGCCUGGGAAAGUCGCCCAGACAGCUUGCAUGUCAGCCUGCCAGCAUCUGUCAACAUCCUUGAUGCAGAUGCUGCUGGAUAGUGAGUUAAAACAGAUAAGCAUGGGAGCUGUUCAGCAAUUUAACUUAGAUGUCAUACAGUGUGAAUUGUUUGCCAGCUCUGAGCCUGUGCCAGGAUUCCAGGGGGAUACCUUACAGCUAGCAUUUAUUGACCUCAGACAACUCCUUGACCUGUUUAUGGUUUGGGAUUGGUCUACUUACCUAGCUGAUUAUGGACAGCCGGCUUCAAAGUACCUUCGGGUGAAUCCAAACACAGCCCUUACUCUUUUGGAGAAGAUGAAGGAUACUAGCAAAAAGAACAAUAUAUUUGCCCAAUUCAGGAAGAAUGAUCGAGACAAACAGAAGUUGAUAGAGACAGUCGUGAAACAGCUAAGAAAUUUGGUGAAUGGUAUGUCCCAGCACACAUAGAUUUCACAUUGUUUAUACUCAGUGACACUAAUCUGUGACUGAGCAUUGAUCUCUAACAAGCACAGGUCGUGAUGUAAUAAUUUGUUUACAAAAUUCAAAAAUACAAUAGAGAAAAUACACUGAUGAGGGCUUAAAUAAGAAAUAGUAAUAACAUUUGUAUGGAUUUUUAAAAAUUGAAUACUAUUUUAUAUAUGAAAAAUGUGAAACUAAUUUUUUUCAAUUUUAAGGGGAAAAGGUAAAACUAUAAUAUAUAAAUUGUCAAAAAUUGUAUAUAAAACUGAUUGCAAAUACAUUAGAAAAGCAUAUGCCUCUACUUAAAAGUAUUUUUUCUCCCCUUAUUUAAACUUGCGACCUGUUUUUUUCUUCAGUUUAUGUUUGGAAUGCAAUCAUGUCUAAUGUGGGAAUAUUUCACUGUCAUUUUAUGACAGUCUUAUUUUCAUCUUGAUGUGCUUUAAGUAGACUAAGCUUUUAAUUCUGCUGAUUCUGAGGGGAAAAUACACAUAUCUUUAAAGCGUCCUGAAAUCAAACUUAAUAAAGAGUGUAAAUUAUGUUCUACUUGGGUGCUUUAAUUGAAUCCUUUUGAAUAUGAAGAAAAGAUUUUGGAUUUUCUAAAGAUUUAGUGUUGUUUUUGUUCAUCAGAGUUAAUAUUUCUAUUUGCUUGUAGUUGAUAUCAUUCUAGAUUUGGUUUGGUUUGGUUUAAAUUAAAAGAUAGAACAGUUAACUGGGGCUAACCACUUCAGGUGCAGCUUGAACUAGGGUAGAUAUGUUCUUCCUACACAUAGAAAUGACCACAGGGGUCAGAUUACUUUCUUUAAAUAGCAGAUCUCAGUACUGUAUCCUCACUGUGGAAGCAGACCAAAUCAACUAAACUCUAAAAAACAUAAAACAACUGUACAUUUUCCUUUGUAUAAAGUCACUGAUAUCCAAAUAGUUAUGUAAAUCCAAUCCUUAUUUUUCUCUUGGUUGUAUUUAUGCUGAAUACUCUCUUUGCAUUUUUGGUAUUUAUACCUGUAAGAAACUAUCCCUGACUGUAAAACAAGUGUCAAGAACUAUAUUUACAUCUUGAUUUUGUGGUGAAGUAUUAAAAAGGUUGAACAAAUCAUUGAAAA